CCGCCAACCCACGUGACCUCACGGCCGCCGCAGCGCGAUGGCGGCGGAGCUGGCGGGCCUCUUGCUGCUCCUCGGGCUCUCUGCGCGUGGGCCCGCGCCAGCAGGUGCCGCGAAGAUGAAGGUGGUGGAGGAGCCCAACACGUUCGGGGUGAACAACCCGUUCUUGCCCCAGGCCAGUCGUCUCCAGGCCAAGAGGGAUCCUUCCCCCGUGUCUGGGCCCGAGCAUCUCUCCCAACUGUCCGGCAAGUGCUUCAGCCUGGUGGAGUCCACGUACAAGUACGAGUUCUGUCCAUUCCACAACGUGACCCAGCACGAGCAGACCUUCCGCUGGAACGCCUACAGCGGGAUCCUUGGCAUCUGGCACGAGUGGGAGAUCGCCAACAACACCUUCACGGGCAUGUGGAUGAGGGACGGCGACGCCUGCCGCUCCCGGAGCCGGCAGAGCAAGGUGGAGCUGAAGUGUGGAAAAACCAACCGGCUGGCCCACGUGUCCGAGCCUAGCACCUGCGUGUAUGCGCUGACGUUCGAGACCCCCCUUGUCUGCCACCCCCACUCCUUGCUAGUGUACCCGGCUCUGCCAGAGGCCCUGCAGCGGCGGUGGGACCAGGUGGAACAGGACCUGGCGGACGAGCUGAUCACCCUCCAGGGCCAUGAGAAGUUGCUGCAGACACUUUUUGAGGAUGCCGGCUACUUAAGGAGCCCAGAAGAAAAUGAAGCCCCCAAGCUGGAGGGAGGUCCUGAUGGCUUGGGGUUUGAGACCCUGGAAAACUGCAGGAAGGCUCACAAAGAACUGUUGAAGGAGAUGAAGAGGCUGAAAGGUCUGCUCACCCAGCAUGGCAUCCCCCACGCAGAGCCCACGGAAACCUCCAACUUGGAACACUUCCGCCAUCAGAUGCCCAGACCGGGGCCUCCAGAGCAGCUGCGGGGCGACCCUGGCCUGCGUGGGAGCUUAUGAGAAACCGGCCUGUGGGAACUCCCAGGGACCAGGCGGCCAGGCUUGUGCUCAGAGAAGCAGACAAACAAAACAAAGGUUCAAGGUUUUAAUUAAUUCCCAUACUGAUAAAAAUAAUUCCAUGAAUUCUGUAAACCAUUGCAUAAAUGCUAUAGUGUAAAAAACUUAAGUGUUACCUUUAAACAAUCACUACAAGUAAAUGAUUAUGCAUUAUAAAUACUACCUUCUGGGUUAAGAAAAUUC